AUGGGACUGUUGGAGGGAGCCAACAGCACCCUCACCAUGGAGAAGACAGCAUUAGAUGAGAAGCUGCCACAGGGCUGGCAUGCCAAGGACUUUGUCACUCCUAGCCAGGAUCUCUCUGGGUCCCGCAGUGUUAUGAUGGACAGCACCAAGAUCCUGGGGGUCCAGGUUGUUCUGAUUGCCGCCUACUCCCUCAUCAUUCUGCUGGGGUUCAUCGGCAACUCCUUGGUCAUCUAUAUCAUAGUGAAGUACAAGACCAUGAGGACCGUCACCAACUUCUUCAUAGCUAACCUGGCCCUGGCAGAUCUGAUGGUGGACACACUCUGUCUGCCUUUCACCCUAGUGUACACGCUGCUGGACGAGUGGAAGUUUGGAGCUGUUCUUUGUCAUCUGGUCCCUUACGCUCAAGCUCUGAGUGUCCAUGUGUCCACUCUCACCCUUACUGUGAUUGCCCUGGAUAGGUAUCGGUGUAUUGUUUUCCAUCUGGACAGCAGGAUUUCCAAGAAGCUCAGCUUCACUAUCAUAGCCAUCAUGUGGCUAGCAGCAGCUGUCCUAGCAGGUCCUCUGGCCAUCUUCAGAGAGUACCGAUAUGAGGAAAUCCCAUCCAUCAACCUCAAAAUGGCUGUCUGCUCAGAAAAAUGGCCUUCUGGUAAUAACAGAGAUGCCACUAUCUACAGUCUGUCCAUGCUCCUCCUGCAGUAUGUUUUUCCUCUUGCAAUUAUUUGUUAUGCCUAUACCAGGAUCUGGUUCAAGCUCAAAAACCAUGUCAGUCCCACUUCUAGGAAUGAAAACCAGUGCCGGAGGAGGAAGACAACCAAAAUGCUAGUGAUGGUAGUUGUGGUAUUUGCCGUCUGUUGGCUCCCCUUCCACAUAUUCCAGCUUGCCAUUGAUCUUGAUCUGGUUCUUAUCUUCCAUGAGUACAAACUUCUGUACACUGUCUUCCAUGUUGGGGCCAUGUGCUCGACAUUUGUCAACCCCCUGCUCUACGGAUGGAUGAACAAGAACUACCGGAAUGGCUUCCUUAUGUUCUUCCGUUGCCAGAACAAGCCAGAAAGCAUCCACACUGAAGGCUCGGUUAGAGGGAGGUCGUACAUCUUCAGGGCCAACACCCUCAAUGGGAGCAUCAAACAGACUCCUGGCAACGGACCACUGCCCACAGAGGUUUAG